UGGAGGGAAUUAAAACCCAUGCUCUUCUUGACACUGGAGCUGGUAGUUCCUAUGCCUCGACCAAGAUAAUCAAUGCUCUAAAGAAAAGACCCAAAGAAGUGAAGACAAAGAGAAUCGAAAUGAUGCCGCCGCAAUCGACAACUCGAAUUGAGAUAUGUUCGGCAAACCUCAAGUCGCUGGACCACAAAUUCGACAUGAAUGUUGAACUAUCGAACGUAGACAAGCCAGAACUGAUGAUGGUCAAAAACCCACAUUAUGCAAAGUUACUGGAGAA